UGCGCCGUGACAGUCGACUGCAACCUUCCUACGUUGUACAACGCGGCGUGCUACCGGCCGUCAGAAUGACAAACUGACGCGCGAACUUACUUACCUGUAAAAUAACGAUUCAUUCAAAUUAAAUGUUAAAUAAAAUACCCAUUAAGAAUAUAGGUCAGAAAUAAACUGUGCAACUAUAUCUGUGACCAGAGACCGUUGUUUCUUUUUUUAACUUUUUUUUUUUAAUUUGAACUGUAACUGUGAAAAUGGGUUUGAAGCCGGAAGAUGAUAAAAGGCCGAGCAAGCUCGCGAUUAUGGAUGAUAUAUCGGAUACGCCACGUGGCCUGGGCACGCGUCACUGGGUGACGUUUAUGCUGUUCCUGGGUAUGGCAAACGCAUACAUCAUGCGGACGAACAUGUCCGUGGCGAUAGUCGCGAUGGUGAACCACACCGCACUGCCAGUGGACAAGGAGGCUAUGGACACCGAGUGUGGAAAUGUCGAUUCUAACUCCACUAAGGAGGCGCUAACACAAGACGGCUCUUUUGUUUGGACUUCGACUCUACAAGGUUAUAUCCUGUCAUCCUUUUUCUAUGGUUACGUCAUCACGCAAAUUCCUUUCGGAAUCCUGUCUAAAAGAUACGGAGCCCGACUAUUCCUGGGUGUGGGCAUGUUGAUCAACUCCGUGUUCGGUCUUUUGGUACCAAUGGCCGCGGAGGCUGGUUAUGAAUGGCUCAUCUUGGUCAGAUUCAUCCAGGGUCUAGGAGAAGGGCCUAUUGUACCGUGCUCCCAUGCCAUGUUAGCUAAAUGGAUUCCACCAAACGAAAGGAGUAGGAUGGGAGCAGCUGUAUAUGCAGGUGCUCAGUUCGGAACAGUUAUCUCAAUGCCUCUGUCUGGCCUGCUCUCUGCGUACGGCUUUGCCGGAGGCUGGCCUUCUAUCUUCUACGUGUUUGGUGUCAUUGGAACCAUCUGGUGUAUUGCCUUCUUAUUCUUCGUUUCCGAGGACCCCGAGCACUGCCCAUCGAUCAAGGAAACUGAGAAGAAGUAUAUCCUGAGUUCGCUGUGGGGCGCUGCGGGUUCUAGUUCUCCUCCGAUUCCAUGGAGCAAGAUUCUCUUUUCGAUGCCGUUCUGGGCGAUCAUGUUGGCUCAUAUGGGGCAGAACUACGGCUACGAAACUCUCAUGACGGAGCUGCCGACCUUCAUGCGACAAGUUCUGCACUUCUCUAUCAAGGAUAAUGGCUUCGUAUCAGCGUUACCAUACUUGUGCAUGUGGCUGUUCUCAAUGUUCAUCUCGGUGGUGGCGGAUUGGAUGCUGUCAAGUGGUCGCUUCAACCACACCCAAGUCAGGAAAAUCAUCAACAGUAUUGGUGAGUACGGCCCAGCCAUAGGCCUGUUCAUAGCGGCCAACACGGGCUGCGACCCCGCCGCCACCGUCGCCAUACUCGCCGUGGGCGUCGGACUCAACGGCGGUAUCUACUCCGGAUUCAAGGUUAAUCACUUGGACAUCUCGCCACGUUUCGCCGGAAUCCUAAUGGCGUUCACAAACUGUCUCGCUAAUCUCACCGGACUUUUGGCGCCCAUUGUUGCCGGAUACAUCAUCGAGGGCAAGCCAACCCAAGCUCAAUGGAGGAUAGUAUUCUACAUCGCAGGUGGUGUGUACAUUUUCUGCGCGACCUUCUAUAACCUGUUCGGUUCAGGACGAAGACAAGAAUGGGACAAUCCAGCUGAAGACGAGGCGAUCGCGAAGAAGGCCGCCGCUAAGAAGGCCAACAAAUUAGAGAGGAAAGCCAACAAUCCGAACACAGCGGAAACCGCUCAAUAGCCUGUUUAAGAUAAAGCUCAGUGCACACAACUUGAAAUGCUAAAUUGUCUGCGAACACAGAUCGAAAAACAACGCGAACAAAAGGAGGAUAGCUACAAAUAUGUAUACAUGAUAUUCAAACCUCCUUUGUUGGUUGUUAUAUCCUGAGAUCAGUGACUCUACGGGCGGGUUCCUAAUUAAAUUGACGAUUUAAAUAUUGUAUUAAUUGAUUCAAGUUUUGUUGCUCUGAGUCACGGUUACGAUAUAAGUUCUAAUGUUUUGAAUUUUAGGUGAGACUUUAGUGUGCAAAAUAUUGUAAUUUUGUUUUUGUAAUUUGCUUUAAAUAUUUUAUUAUCAACGGACCAGCUUAGAACGUAGGCAAUAUUCGUGGUUAUUUAAAUUUGACUGAACUCCUUAGUUGUUUCUUCUCCGAAUAAGUUUAUUUUGCAUGCUUUUCAUAUUUGUUUAAUGUAUUUUAGUUUAAUAGUGAAACACAUGAGACACGCACAUCAAAAAGGCUGUGAUAAUAUCUUGUGUAGAAAAACACAACAUGGAAUCUAUAUCGUAACAUUAUUAAACUUGCUAUUAUAACUAUUUAUUAAAAUAUAUGUUAAUUAAGUACCAUACAAGUAUUGUUUAUAAUUAAAUAUAGCUUGAGAGUAGAAUAAUAGAGAUGCAUGAAAGCUGUAAAUGACGAUGGGUCCAAGAAUUUUUCAAUGGGAAUAACGUUACCGUCCUAGCCAGUGACUACAAAAGCCUCGCAGCCUUAUUUUGAUAUAAAUAAUCGAAUAUUUGAUUAAUAUUUAAAGAAAAAUUAUCCUGGCCUUAAACUUUUUAUAAAGGUAUGCAAUAACUCGAAUACGUUUUAAUAUUGCUUAACAUCACGCCAUAGUUAAAAAAAUGUAUCUAAAUUAAAUGGAAGAUAAACCCUUAUUAUUGCUAGUUGUAAAAAAUAUAUAUAUAUCUAUGCUGCUAGAUGAGUCGAUUGUCAAACGGUAAUGUGAAUUUCUUUUUAUUUUCUGUUCGCUCGAAGCGAAUGUUGUUGCGAUAGUUUAGCAGUAUAGUAAGAUGUAAAUUAUUUAUGGUUUUAGUUGUACGUAGUACAUGCGACGUCAAACGACGAUGUGUGCCCAGAGCUGAUGUGAUCAUUCUGUUAAUAAGUAAAUAUAAGCUGUUUUAUACCACAAACAAUUUAUAAUCGAAUUAUUACAAUUGAAUUGUAUAAAAAAAUAAAAAAACUCAAUUUAAUAAUAUUUUUAUAAUCUAUAUAAUGAGUGUAUUAGACAGUAAUGUUUCAACUAUACGGUAUAUUAUUGUUUUAAAUAAACUUUGUAACUUCAGUAAUUUGUAUGUAUUUUAGUACUAGCUACUCAUGAGGUAAAAAGUAUUUUGUUAAUAUUUUAUGAUUGAAUAAUUAUUAUUUAGCCGAUCUUGCAAGAACCGUCUAGGGUAGAGACUAAUCUGUAGAAAAAAUAUACAAAUUUUGUGAUAUCCUCAUUAAAUGCCGAUUAAAUUAAAAAAAAAUUGUCUACAUACUCUACUUGUAGUUUUAGAUAAAUACAAAAAGUUUUUAUUUUA